GGAGCGCAGGAGGCCCCGCCACGCCCGGGCCUACGGAGCGGCAGGGGGCGGGGGAGGGGGGCGAGCCGGAGACCAACCGUGAGACAGACGGGCCAGGGCAAGGGCCCUGAGACUCGGGCAAGAGCCCCGGAGCGGGGCGGCGCAGGGUGAAGACGCGGAAUCUCGGGCCAAGCCACUUGCCUUGGGUCACCUGGCCGAAGCAGGCAGAGUCAGAACUUACACCCAGAUCCAGAGAGGACACGAAGAUGGCUGCUUGGGAUGAAAAGGCCAGCUCCCGCAGGGCCAGGGCAGCCCCAGCCCGGAGGAUGAGCAAGUUCUUAAAGCACUUCACCGUUGUCGGGGAUGACUACCACGCCUGGAACAUCAACUACAAGAAGUGGGAGAAUGAGGAGGACGAGGAGGACGAGGAGCAGACGCCACAGGCAACCGCCUCCGGGGAGGAGGGCAGAGCCCCCGACCCAGCGGCGGCCCCCGGCCCAGCACCCCGGCCCCCCCUCGACUUCAGGGCCACAUUGAGGAAGCUCUUCAGUUCGCACAGGUUUCAGGUUAUCAUCAUCUGCCUGGUCAUUCUGGAUGCCCUCCUGGUCCUUGCUGAGCUCAUUCUGGACCUAAAGAUCAUCGAGCUUGAUAAGAAUGACUACGCUGCCAAGGUCUUCCACUACAUGAGCUUUGCCAUCCUGACCUUCUUUAUGAUGGAGAUUUUUUUUAAAUUAUUUGUCUUCCGCAUGGAGUUCUUUCACCACAAGUUUGAAAUUCUGGACGCCCUUGUGGUGGUGGUUUCCUUCAUCCUCGACUUUAUCCUCCUGUUCCAGAAGCACCAGUUUGAGGCUCUUGGCCUGCUGAUUCUGCUCCGGCUGUGGCGGGUGGCCCGGAUCAUCAACGGAAUAAUUAUCUCAGUUAAGACACGUUCAGAACGGCAGCUGCUGAGGUUAAAACAGAUAAAUAUACAGUUGGCCGCCAAGAUCCAACACCUUGAAUUCAGCUGCUCUGAAAAGGAACGAGAAAUUGAAAGACUGAACAAGCUAUUGAGACAGAACGGACUCCUUCCUGAGGUCAACUAGACGUGUGCCUGCCUGCUCCAUCCCAAAGAGAAGACCCCUGCCUCAGGGGUGUGUACCUCUGAUAACAAAGACAGCUGUCCCUCCUGGGGCCAUUUCAGGGAGAGGUUUGGUUUGAUGCUUUUGCCUCACCCCACCCAGCUCGGGUUUGGGGGGCUGGGAGGGAAAGUCUGUGGGAAGGCUUGCUCUGUCUUGGCAUGACCAAGAGCUUCCCAUCCCAUUCUCACCCCGUAUCACAAUGUACCACAAACUAUAUCUUCCCACGUUGAAAUGAACGACAAUGAAAUGAACGACAAAGCUGGAAAAGUACGAAGUUGUAUAUAAAAUUUAAUCUCAUCAAAUAUACUUUUUCACAUUUCACAUGUAUGAGGAACCAAGGCAUCCUUUCAUAUGAGCAUUCUGAAAGACAAAAGAGGAAAGGAAGCUACCUUAGCUACCAGCCCAUUCUAGAAAAGUCUUACCAUCUUAAGCUGUUCUAAACAACUCCUCUCCGUGCAGAUUCCGCCAGAGAGCUGUUCUCUGGUACCCAGCCCCCUCCUCUGCAGCCUCCAUCUUCUAACUGGCUCUACCUUGUUCUACCUCCUGACAACAUUUUUCUCAAUUACUGUACAAUUAACAUAUAAAAGAAACUCCUUCCCUUGGGCCCUCCUACUCUAUCCUUUCCAGCAUCCACUGCUUGGAACUGCUCUGUGGCAUCCCGUGCAGCCCACCACAUGUAGAGCUCCGGUGCCUGCCACUGAAACAGCAAUUAGACCCAAGACUCCACAGAAUGAAGACACUGGGGGGAAGAUCCCCUCAUGAGGCCGAGUCCGCUACUUGCAUGAUUUUAUAUACAGUAUUUUGCUAUUUUUGUACUCAUUUCCGUGGGACCUGAAAAGAAAACCUGAACUACAAACAAUGAGUAUUUUAAAAAUAACUCACACUGAAGCAGAGGACGCAUAAGCUGGACAAACCCUCGACACCUGCUCUACUUCCGGGUCUGUGCCCUUUACCAUCUUCCCAAAGGUGCAGUUUGGUUUCCGCACGUGACCUACGUGCUGAUGGGACUGGAAAUCACCAAGACCAGACGGUGCCCCGUUCUAAGAUCCAACCGAGGAGAAUAAAACUUCCAAAAGGAGGGGAGUGAGGGCAGAGGGGUAGUGUGUGGUCGGAGGGUAACCCCAUGGGUCAGAGGUAGAAUACCAGGAUGUCUCCAAGGAGUCCAGGCCCUACAGCAUGCGAUUCUAGAGGCGAUUAGCAACUUACGUCAAACAAACGGAAAGAAGAAAUUAAACGGCAGCUUGGCGUUGAUGGUUGGCCGAGCUCUGAAGCCUGCCUCGGCAGGUGCAGAUGCGUCCACAAAAGUAACCGCAGUGGAAAUGAGAACCGUCCUCUCAUUUCCUGAGUUGGUCUGUAAUGAAAAGAGUGUCGCAAGCCCUGCCUUUCGGCAUGCGCUCACGUGCUCAGGAUAACAAAGCAGGGACAGGCUGCAUUCCCUUCGGCCCAGCAGGGUCGGUGCCUCUCCGAGGCAUGCGGAGGGCUCCUUGGCUGCUCACUUGGGUGAGAGAGUUUUUCCCUAGGUUGUCCUAACCCACCAGUGUCAGUCACAACUCCAUUUUCAAAGAACUUUAAAGAUCAAAUCUGAACAAGAAUGCUAGUGUCAACUGUUGUCAGUGGGAUUUUUUUCUCUAAUAAAAUGAUUGCUGAAUUGUUUUAAGAAUUCAGAUUAAAGUUCAAUAAUUCUCUCACAAAAUAAAUUUCAUUAUCACACUUGA